GUUUGGGAACCUGUGUCUGGGCUCCCCUGCUGCCUGCCUGGGUCUGUCUGUGCCCUCAGGGUGCAGCUCUGGGGCUGCCUCUGCCCUAGUGGGAGCCGGGUAGAAGCCUCCCUGGGACAGUGGCUGGGUUGUGUGUGCAGAGGCACCCUGCUCUGGGCUGUUCACAGGAUCUGCUUUGCACAGGGGCGCUGGUGGGCGUGUGGCCGCGGUGACUUUAUCCCCAGCAGGAGGAGUUAGCUGAUCUUUCUCAGCAAGUGUGAUUACCCAGGCCGGACCUCUAUGUAGUCGCAGCUGCAGGGUGGACGGACAAUCAGGGGCCCCUCGCCGAGCCGUGGUGGACAUGCACCAUGAGUGACUUUGAAGAAUGGAUUUCUGGGGCCUACAGGAAGGUGGACGAAGGUCCUCUCCCGCUGCUGACGUUCACCACAGCCCCCUACCACGACCAGAAACCAGGAACCAGUGGGCUGCGGAAGAAAACCUAUCAUUUUGAGGCAAAGCCAUGCUACCUGGAGAACUUUGUCCAGAGCAUCUUCUUUUCCAUAGACCUGAAAGACCGCCAGGGCUCAUCCGUGGUGGUCGGCGGAGAUGGGCGGUAUUUUAAUAAGUCAGCCAUAGAAACUAUAGUGCGGAUGGCAGCCGCCAACGGGAUCGGCCGCCUGGUCAUUGGGCAGAACGGAAUCCUGUCCACGCCGGCUGUGUCUUGCAUCAUCAGGAAAAUCAAAGCCAUUGGCGGGAUCAUCCUGACGGCCAGCCACAACCCAGGCGGACCCAACGGAGACUUCGGAAUCAAGUUCAACAUCUCUAAUGGAGGUCCUGCUCCCGAGGCAGUCACAGACAAGAUCUUUCAGGUCAGCAAGACCAUCGAGGAGUAUGCGAUUUGCCCCGACCUGAAGGUUGACCUGAGCGUGCUGGGCAGGCAGCAGUUUGACCUGGAGAACAAGUUCAAGCCCUUCACAGUGGAAAUCGUGGACUCAGUGGAAGCCUACGCCACUAUGCUGAGGAACAUCUUCGAUUUCAAUGCACUGAAAGAGCUGCUCUCCGGCCCAAACCGGCUGAAGAUCCGCAUCGACGCCAUGCACGGAGUUGUGGGGCCCUACGUGAAGAAGAUCCUCUGCGAGGAGCUGGGUGCCCCGGCCAACUCGGCGGUGAAUUGUGUCCCCCUGGAGGACUUCGGUGGCCACCACCCCGACCCCAACCUCACCUACGCGGCCGACCUGGUGGAAACCAUGAAGUCGGGAGAGCACGAUUUUGGGGCUGCCUUUGACGGAGAUGGGGACCGCAACAUGAUCCUGGGCAAGCAUGGCUUCUUCGUGAACCCCUCGGACUCUGUGGCUGUCAUCGCCGCCAACAUCUUCAGCAUUCCGUACUUCCAGCAGACCGGCGUCCGCGGCUUCGCACGCAGCAUGCCCACGAGCGGCGCCCUAGACAGGGUGGCGAAUGCUACAAAGAUCUCUUUGUACGAGACCCCGACAGGCUGGAAAUUUUUUGGAAACUUGAUGGACGCCAGCAAACUGUCCCUGUGUGGAGAGGAGAGCUUCGGGACCGGUUCUGAUCACAUCCGGGAGAAAGACGGGCUGUGGGCCGUCCUCGCCUGGCUGUCCAUCCUGGCUGCCCGCAAGCAGAGCGUGGAGGACAUCCUCAAGGAUCACUGGCAGAAGUACGGCCGCAACUUCUUCACCAGGUAUGACUACGAGGAGGUGGAGGCAGAGGCCGCCGGCAAGAUGAUGAAGGACCUGGAGGCGCUGAUGCUGGACCGCGCCUUCGUGGGGAAGCAGUUCUCGGCCAAUGACAAGGUCUACACAGUGGAGAAGGCGGACAACUUCGAGUACAGUGACCCGGUGGAUGGGAGCGUUUCCAAGAACCAGGGCCUGCGGCUCCUCUUUGCAGAUGGCUCCCGAGUCAUCUUCCGGCUCAGCGGCACCGGGAGUGCAGGGGCCACCAUCCGCCUGUACAUUGACAGCUAUGAGAAGGACCCCGCCAAGAUCAACCAGGACCCCCAGGUCAUGCUGGCCCCGCUGAUCGCCAUCGCGCUGAAGGUGUCCCAGUUGCAGGAGAGGACAGGCCGCUCAGCACCCACAGUCAUCACCUAGGUGUGCGGCCACCACCCACCCUGCAGGGCUCAGAGGCGACUGCAUUUCCCUGGGCUCCUUAGCAAAAGGAGAAAGAUUUGGACCAUCUGAAGAGAAGCCAGAGCCCCCUCGGGCUCCCGAGGCCCGAAUUCUCCCUGCCCCUGCUGUUGGUGUCCAUCGGCCAGGUGCUGUGUGCUCCACAGUGUCAGUGGGAGGUGGGUGGCAGCUGCAGGUGCCCACGGUGGCCUGCUGCCCAAGAUGUACUCGCCAGGCAGAGGGUGCAGUGUCUGGUGCCUUUCCCCUCGGUUUUCUGAUUUCUGCCUUGUUUCCACGCGGCCCCACUCACACAGGUGUCAGGGAAUAAAGUAGAGAAGCUGUGUGA